UAAAUCGUUCAAGAGACAUUGCUUCAUAAUAUAUGUACAUAAUAUAUGUGUGCAAUAUUAUCAUCAAGAGAUGCUUUUUGUGUUCAGUUCAAGGUUAUAUCAAUCAGUGGUAUUGUUAUAAAGGUCGAGAUAAGGUGCGCGGUACCUGUGGGAGGCGCUCGAGUCUCCGUCAGUUUGGCACUCGGUAGAGAGCAGUUUGAGGAGGAGGACCGCCUGUCUGGAGUAAGAGUGGUUUGGGUCUCACACUCAUUCAAACUGUCCACGGCGCUCAUCAGCACUAUUUUGAUUUUGUCAUCAGUUUUUUAGGUGUGGAGUUCAAGAAUGCAUAAUUGCGGCGCAGUGCUGAGAAUGUGUGCUUGUUGAAUAUCCUACCUGCGUCUGUCCCCUGUUUUUUUUUGCCUCUUGGCUGGGUUUUGUCCCCUCUUUUGCUUUCAUUGUCUUGUAACUAAGCACCCACCAUGUCGCAACCACCCGAAGCCGAGCCUGUUACUGUGGUACCAGCAGAACCAGCAUCAACCACUGAACCAGCAUCUGCCACAACACCCACUGCACCCGUGACUAGAACUUCAUUCUGGAGGGAAAGGAGAAAAAUCCCAGAGAAGACAGACGAGUUCCUGCUAGCCAGGUUUCAGGGUGAUGGAGUGAGAUAUAAAGCCAAGCUUAUUGGUGUGGAUGAUGUCCCAGAAGCAAGAGGGGAUAAAAUGUGUCAGGAUUCCAUGAUGAAACUAAAGGGCAUGGCAAUAGCUGCUCGUUCUCAAGGCAAGCACAAGCAAAGAAUAUGGGUGAACAUCUCUCUAACAGGAAUCAAAAUUGUUGAUGAGAAAACUGGGGUGAUUGAGCAUGAACAUGUGGUGAAUAAGAUCUCUUUUAUUGCUCGUGAUGUCACUGAUAACCGGGCCUUUGGAUAUGUUUGCGGAGCAGAGGGGCAGCACCAGUUCUUUGCUGUUAAGACAGCUCAGCAGGCUGAGCCUCUGGUGAUUGAUUUGAAGGAUCUGUUUCAACUAAUCUUCAAUAUGAAGAAAAAAGAGCAGGAAGCUGCACAGAAGGGUGAAGGAAAUGGCACUGUGAUUGAGAAUGGUGGUGAUGCUUUACUCACCCUGGAUGGCCAAGGAAAUGCUGUAAAAACCAUAGAGCAGAUGGACCUGUUUGGCGAUAUGUCCACUCCACCUGACAUUCACUCUCCUACGCCUGACAGUGUUCUGCUGCUUGACUUUGCUGUUGUGAUUGACAGCAAUCAAGGAAAUCCUUUCAUCUGCUACCCAUCUCCUCUCUGCAAUAAAUCAGAUGACAAAACUGUUUCAGUCACAUCAGAUCUUUUCCCAACUCCUAGUUCCGAUCCCUUCAGUGAUGAUCCCUUUUCUCCCUUAAAUGAUCAAUCAGAUUCCAUGUUUUCUUCCAAUAACAAGUCAGAUCUUUCUAGUUUUCUCUUGAAUGGGCCAGACUUGCAGCAAAGCCUGAGUGAAUACUCCUCUCCAAACAAUCAGCUGUUUAAUGGACUCUCUGGUGCCCAGUUGUCUCAUGAAAGUCCAAAUACACAAGUAAACCAGCUUUCUUUAAGCAAUCUGAAUGGUGACCGUAAUUUCCUCUUUAGCCAGAAUCCUUUUUUGAGUACCUCAAUGAACAACCCACCUAUCUUAAACGGGUUAGCCAGAUCAGGUCCUCCUGUCCUCCAAACUCCUCUCUUGUGUAAUGGAUCAAGUAAAUCAGUGGCAUUGUUUCAAACCAUCCCACCACCUUCUGUUCAAAAUGGAGGCCUAAUGGUCCUUUGCCCCCCACCUCAAAGUUCAAAGUCUGGAUGCAUGCGAAGGAGAGGGAAGUCACCUGGAAAUGACAUGUUUGGAGCUGAACUCUUUGCUCCACCAACCCAGAAGGAGUCUCAGCCCUCAAAUCAGGACUCCUCCAUUCCAGCAGACCUGUUCAACCCCACACCUUCCUCCACCAUCAAUGCUCUUGGUUCAUUGUCUCUGGGCCCUACUUCUGUCACUCCUGGGACAGCUCCGUCUCCAUGGGGUCAAACACCAACAAUGUUUCCUCCUCAGGGCGGUGUUCCUCAAGUAACUGUUCCAGGACAACCAAAAGCUUUUCCUCAACCAUCUGCCUUUGGAGGCCUGCCUGCACCUGCAUGGGGGCAGCAAGGAGCUUUGCCUUUUGGUCCACCGGCUGCCACACAAGCCUGGGGUCAACCGGGAACCGCAGCACCUGUUGGGCACUGGCCCACCACUGGUCCUGUGGCAGGUCCUUUCCAACCAAACCAGUUUGCUCCCAUGAUGCCUCCUAAUGCAAUGAUGGGUAUGCAGCAGGGUGUAGUGGUUCCUCCUCGCCCUCCACCCCGUCCUCCUGUGAAAGAAGAACCCCCAGUGGUCAAAAGCGCAUUUACCGCUUUGGACCCCCUUGGGGAGAAGGAGAAGAAGACCGGAAAAGACAUGUUCAAAAAUUUCCAGAUGGUUAAGCCCCAGAAAGCAGAACAAGGACCUGGUACAAACACCAAUGGCUCAUUUGACCAGUACUUUUCCAGUAAGGUUGGUCUGGCUCAGGAGGUGGCAGAUCAUGAUGACUUUGACAUAAACCAAAUCUCAGCUAACUCAAAUGGGACUUCAAAACUUGUUCCUCAGCAGUCCCCUGCGAGUGUUGCAGUACCUCACGGAGCAGGUCUGACCCCAGGGCUUUUGGAUGCUGCCUUCACUCCUAAUCUAGUCCCUGCACCCUCAAACCAGAGUCCUGCAGCAGGCUCAAACCUUUUUGAUGACACUUUUGGAACUGACACUUUUGGAACUAACCCUUUUGGAGCACCACCUAUGAAUACAAGCACUCCAGCCUCUCAGACUGCUGCCCUUGCAGAUGCUUUUGGAGACCCGUUUGGGGGAAAUCCUUUUGCCUGAGAAACCUUAGCACUGCUGUACACUCCCACUGAUCCAGUGCUGCUGAGCCAGAGAACCACACAAGCACCAUAGAGUUGCUCUCAGCAUUCUACUACAUUGAAAAGCAAUGUGUUCAUAAAAACCUUUUUCUGGUAUUCUGUGCUCCACUAUUUGCAUUUCCACUGUAUAUCUGUUGUAGCCUCACUUUCUGUGCCUUUCUAACUGAUCACAGAUCAGUCCUUCUCUUCCAGCCCUUUCAGAUUAACCCAUUUCAAUCCUAAGGCACUCAUGAAAUAAGAUGCACAGUGAAGUAGUUGAAGUAGGGUUCUUCUGUAGAGUGUAAUAGAGGAGAAAGAAUAAAAGAUAAUGAUCAUGUUUGUGUAAAUGAUUUUUCUCUAUGCAAUUAUCCUAAGCAUGUAUGAUGAAGUAAAUAUGCUUAAUCCUAAUGAUUUAUCAUUAAAAAAAGUGAAUGAA